AUGCCGUCCGAGUGCAGUCUCCUUAAGCAGCAGCAACAGCAGCAACAGGCAGCAACCGAUGCAGAAACAAGACAGCUGCGACAGCAGCAGAAAGAGCUGCAGCAGCAACAGCAGCAAGAGCAGCAGCAGCAGCAGCAAAAGCAUCUGCAACAGCAGCAGCAGCACAAGAUGGAGGGGGCCCCCUCCUCGCCUGUCUUACCUGUACCCAACCCAGAACAGGGUGGGGGCCCCCUGACGGCUUCAGGGGCCCCCGAGAGCGUCAAGGGGCCCCCCUCGGUUGAGGGGUCUCCAGGUGUAUGUACAGCUGAGGCAUCGUCUUCACUUGCUCCUCCUGCUGCUGCUGCUGCUGCUGCUGGUGCUGCAGCUGGUGCUGCAGGUGUUUCACAGCAGCAACAAGAGCAGCAGCAGGGGUAUGAUGAUACUCUUGCGGUGUUGAGUACAGCAUCGGCAUCAGAGCGUGCAGCAGCAGCAGAACAGGAGGCAGCAGCAGCAGCAGCAGCAGCAGAAUGGCCUCGACCAGGUAGGCAGCAGCAGGAUGCGGGAGAAGGGGAGGGGCCUGCAUGCGUUCAUGGGGUGGGGGGGUAA